AUGACAAAGCUCCUUGCUACAGCUUCAGCGGUUGGCUUCAUACUAUCUUCACCCAUUGAUAACGUACAAGGGUCAGCUCAGAGCGAAGUGCCACCCGGUGUGUACUAUAUCGAAGAAUUGGAUGAACAUAAAGAUGCGUACAUGAAAAUGGUUUCCAUGAGAAAUGGAAAACGCAUUGAGCUUUCGCCAGCAGAUCACCUGUGCCACAAUGCCCACGCUGAAUGCGUUAAGACAGUGAGUAGUACAGAUCUAGUGUGUACCCAUCAUGCAAGAUAUGGUUUGGUGAAUUUUCCAAGUUUUUGUGAAAUUCGUUUCCAGAAUUGUUUAGUCAAAUCUCGAGAAGUUAACUCAGGAAAGAAAAGCGAAUAUGGUAAAUUCUACUAUAACGGACAACGGCAAGGAUGCGAAUACUAUGUGGAAAAAACGAAUACAGUACCUGAUGCUAUAAAGCAAUACUUUUCAGAGGAUACAAAUAAGGACUUGAAUACUUACAUAGCCAAAGGAAGUGGGAAAAAGAAACAUUAA